AUGAAAGUCGGCAAUAUUCUGAUCACUGUAGCCUCUGGCCUAGGAGCCUUGGCAAAAGUGCCGAAUCACUUCAACGAACGCGCAACAUGCAAUCGAGACAACCUGUUACGAUGCUUCGUAGACCAGCGCUAUUCGAGUCAAGCCAGUGACUUUUGUGCAGACCUUACGCCCUUCACAGCAACAGUCGCAACUUCGAUCAUAACCAUAGUAAGAACUACGACUCUGGAAAAUACUGUAACUGCAAUCGCAGCUCAAGUCACAGAAUUGCACACCACCACUGUCUUUACCGAAACAAUUCCUUCAGCCACGACCGUUGUUACGACUAAUACUGCCGGAGUUGCCAAACGUCAAGCAACUGCGGACCCACCAAAAUGCAUGACGAACGGCGUUACCUAUCUAGCUAGCCGUAUUACUUCAGCGUGCUCCUGUAUCGACGUGCCGGUCUCGACUAUCAGCGUCACACACGUUGUUAGUACAAAUACAGUUACCGAGAUCAACACCAUCUUCGAAACUCCUCUCACUACAGUUACAUCAUGGGAGACAGUUUCGACCGCUACUACUGUCGGUAUCUCGACGGUCACUGUACUGCCACCUGGAAUGAACCGUCUUGCCAAUGGCGAUUUCGAAACUGGUGAUAUGACUGGUUGGGAGCUAUCUCCAGUUUCUUGGAAAACAGAGCUUUACAAUACUGGUCUUCCUUGGAGUCCGUGGAUUUGUAUCGUGAAAGGCUCAGGGGAGAGUCUUGGGUCUUUGCGUCAAGCCAAGCCAGUUUACCUGGAAGCGGGAAGCUACGACAUUGGAUUAAACGCACCUCCUGCUCCCUUUCCAUGGCCCACUAACCAGUGGCUACAGGUAGUUGUAUUCAAACUAGUUAACCACGCUCAAGGAACGACGAUUACUCCCGAGUUUGAAGGUCGAGGGGCUACCCCAUUACUAGGAAGGAUUGUUAUACCACUUCGAGCCCGCUUUCGUGUCCCUGAGGCAGCGGAAGGAUAUUAUGAGGUUGCCUUGGCGUUUCUCACGCAGCCUAUUGCAGGGACACGUCCAACUGGCUCCGGACUCGACGAAAUUUUUCUGAAAAGAGUGUGA